AUGGCAGAACGAGACAGUGCAACCGCUCAGAAGACCAGACGGCAGUCCCUGAAUCUGCCACCCCAAGGUUAUUUAUCUGCUUCCUCCUCCAGUACUCGACUGAACAGCAAAGGGACACUCCCUCAAGGCAUUAAGGAAGGACAAAAAGAAACCCCUCUUCGACGGAGCGCCCGUUUGGACCGCUUAAUUGAGGUUGAUGAGACUCAACUAAACGCCGGCCAGCGGCCUCUACUAUCUCCAGUUAGCGACAUCAAAAGACCUAAUCGUGCGCACCCAUCUCCUGCCCUUCUACCAUCGAAGUCUCCAAAGCGGAAACGAGAAACUGAACAGCAACCAAACCCACCCUCCCCCAAACGGCCGCGAACAUCUUGUCCGACACCCUCUCUUCAGGGCGUUGAUCCUGUUACGUAUUGGACGCAGACAUACUACUGGCCGCAAGGAUAUUUCAACAGGGAAUGUGGCGAAAUGAGUCACUUAUUGGCGAGGCAGAAAUCCACCGCCUCCCUUCGCCGAAAGCGAUCGGAUAGCGAGUCUGGCGCACCCAGCACAACUACACCGAGUGACCAACAGUCAAGGGAGGAGAAGAGUGCUCCUUAUCGAGACUCACGUUACAAGAUCCUGCUCGAGGCUAUGGGAAGCUAUAUGAAAAAGUCCGAGCUAGACAUCACAAAAGAGGACAAAGUUCUCUGUCAGAACCUAUUGACGAAGGAGCAAACGACCCUCAAGGAUUCUAUAUUCUCCGAUGACGUGUUUGAGAAAGCCUGCAUAAAGUUCCAAGACAGAAAUGAGGCAAGGGUCAUCCAGGAUAUAUCUCGACUAAUCGUCCCAUCUGCGGAAACGCUGGCCACAUUGGGUGCCGAAGAUCUCGAUAAACUAAUUGAGAGCGUCAAUGAGGGUUGGAACAAUUCAAUUCCUGUUACCAAAACACGACCUCAACCAGACUACUCUGUGGGUUUCCAACGCUCUGCAUUUACGGACGACCAGCUCAAGAAACUUCAGCCAUUCGUUGGCAGCUUCAACGACCUCUCCUUCUUCAUGGGAACAUGGUACAUGUACUUUCCCUUCUUCUCGAGCGAAGUGAAGUGCGGUGCGGCCGCACUCGAGGUGGCAGAUCGACAGAAUGCACACAGUAUGACGCUCGCGGUUCGAGGAGUCGUGGAACUAUUCCGGCUCGUAAAGCGCGAGAAAGAGGUUCAUCGGAAGAUCCUUGGCUUUUCUAUCACCCACGAUCACGAGAAUGUGAGGAUUUAUGGCCACUAUCCUAUAAUUGAGGGUAAAAAGACUACCUUCUACCGUCAUCCGAUUCAUAAAUUCGACUUCACCGCACUUGAUGGGAAAGAGAAAUGGACGGCAUACAAGUUUACUAAAAACGUCUAUGAUACCUGGAUGCCUACUCACUUCAAAAUGCUUUGCUCGGCAAUCGACGCAAUACCACUCGAUAUAAAUUUUGAAGUCUCCGAGGAAUCGAAUCUGCAAUUCCCUUCAUCAUCGGGAAUUUCACAAGGUCUGGAAAGCCACCACCUUUCGGAGUCAGCGCCUACAGAUAACGACGGACUGGGCUCUCUCGGCCCCCCGGAAGUGACGCCAGAUACUUUAAUCACCCAAGUCUCAGAACCUCCGACGUUUAAGAAACCAAAGAAGAAAUGA